UUGAACCCUGCGUGGCCGUGGCUAGUCCGGGCUGGAUCAUGGAGCAACCAGGGCAGAUCGCUUUUGCUCAAGCCUGAUCAGUAGUGAUUGUUCUCCAGUGAGCAUGUCCUCGCCUAGCAAGACUUUGAUGAUGAGAGGGAAGAAAGCAAAGGUAGUGGAGGGGAAUGCUCAGCUGCUCUGCAGUGAUGCGCUCACCGAGGUCUUCCACAGGCUGCCUGCCCGCACCCUCGCUUCUUGCAGGAUGGUAUGCAAAUCCUGGAUGUCAUUGCUUUCCGAUGUGCAUUUUGUUCACGAGCACCUGAACCGAAGCCAGCAGAAGUUGCUGCUCUUUGCAAAUGACAGAGCAAAUGAUAGGUCUCUUGCCAUGGUGCUCGCAGACGCCAAUGGAUACAUGUACCAGCUGUCUAGGCCCUUGGUUGCUCAGACCCUGUUUGUGCACAACUCUUGCAACGGCCUGCUCUGCCUAGGUGACAGUAAAGGAGCAGUGGAGUUGCUCAACCCGACAACCGGUGAAUCUCUUGUGUUGCCGAAGCCAAUGUACACUGCAGGAAGCAGCCAAUUCUCAUCAUGCAACUGGCACUGCUUGGGGUUUUGCCCGUCAACUAAGCAACACAAGAUUGCACAUUUUUACCCGGGAGCUCAUGCUGGUUCUCUCGAGGUGCUCUGCGAGAUAUACACAAUUGGAGAUAGAGACUGGAGACAAAUUGGGAGUCUCCGUGGGGCACCAAUUGAUAGAGGUAUACAUGUGAAUGGUUCAGUGUAUUAUUUGACAAGGUUCCGUUAUAUCUCUUCAUCACGUAUCAAUUGUUUGGAUCUUCAACGUGAAAAGUUUGAUGUCUUAAUGCUUCCUCCACGCAAGACCUAUGGAGGGCAUUGUUCUUUGUCUGAGCUCGAGGGAAAACUAUGUUUGUUAGUUGUGGAUGGUGCGCUUGAAGGUAUACCUCGUACAAUGGACAUAUUAAUGCUCGAUAACGAUGAUAAGCAGAGUUGGACUCAUAGAUACCACAUAUCUUUGCCUCCGUUGAUGCAAUCAUGUUAUUUCACUCCAAGACACACACUUUUUCAUGAUUCCAAAAUUUGGGUGCAGUUGUUUGCUCGGAACCUAUACUGCUAUGAUCCAAAUUCAAACUCUGAGGAAUUGGAGAUUGCCUGUCCAGAAUCUGAGUUUCCUUUCAGCAUUCAUACGUUUGUUGAAAGUAUAAUUCCUCUGCGUCAAGAUAAUUUCAUCAAGAAGAUACAGUGAUGUUGGUCUUCUUUAUUCUUGAAGAUAGAUUUCAGCUUACAGAUUUGCAUUAUCUUUGUUGUUUUUUCUCUUCAAAAAUGGACCUGUUAACUGCCUUAAUUUGGCCUACUUUAUCACUCUGUGAUUAGUUAUAAGAACAAUCUUGAAAAUUUCCUAACAACUCACUUUGUCUUGAUUCUGAGAGUUGCAUUAAUUGUAAUUUCAUAAUACACGGAAGACUUUAUAGUCCAAGUUAGGAAGAAUAUUUUGCUCUUUUACA